AUGUGCUCCUCUGAUGGUGCCAGUUGUUUUAUUCCAAUGAGUACAUUGGGUCGGAAAACAGAUACUAUCAGAAAAGAUAUUCAUGGGGAAAGAACAGCUUGUCAAAGAGAGAUUAAUGCUAGGCAGUUAAAUUUGACUAUAUUUCAUUUUUCUAGGUUUAUGCCACCUGAUGAUCCAUUGGGACGCCAUGGCCCUAGUCUUGAAAACUUCUUAAGGAAAAAGCCAGUUAUUCCAGAACACAAAAAGCAACCAUGCCCUUAUGGGAAAAAAUGCACAUAUGGGCACAAAUGUAAAUAUUACCACCCUGAACGGACAAACCAGCCCUUGAGAUCUGUCGCAGAUGAGCUUCGCAUCAGUGCAAAAUUAUCUGCGGUGAAAACCAUGAGUGAAGGUGCCUUAGCCAAAUGUGGUUCAGGGCAAGUCCUUUGCAAAGGGGGGGAGAACAUUUCAGAAGUGAAGCGCAAUCCUCCGAAACGCCAGUCUGAUCCAAGCAUCCGGUCUGUAGUGGCGGAACCGGAGGACCGGCUGUCGAUGAUGCGGAAGCCAGAGGCCAGCUCUGUCCCAUCUCUUGUUACAGCGUUAAGUGUCCCAACGCUUCCACCUCCUAAAAGCCAUGCAGUUGGGGCCUUAAAUGCUCGGUCAGCGAGUAGCCCUGUGCCUGGGUCUUCUUCUCAGUUCACCCAUCAGAAAUCCUCUCUAGAACAUAUGGCCAGCAUGCACUACCCUCCAAUCCUGGUCACCAACAGCCACGGGGCUUCAAUCAACUACACGGACCCAUACACCAAAUAUGAAUCUUUGGGAGACCACGGCUAUUAUUCUAUGCUCAAUGACUUUUCCAGUUUGAACCUUAGCAAUAUUCAUAACACAGAUUACUAUGGAGUCAAUCUAGACCAAGGUGUCUAUUCAAGAAAUUCAAGCCCGUGUCCUGACAGUUGCUUAAGCCAUGCAAGUAAUGACUCUUACUCUUCUUCGUAUACCGACCUGUACCUGGGUGUAGGAGAUGUGGGUUCAGAGGAUCACGCUAAAGUUCCUCGAAUUCCACCACAAAACAGACUUCAGCCUUUUUCUCAUGGCUAUCACGAGAGCUUAACUAGAGUUCAGAGUUAUGGCACUGAAAGGCCCAAACAUACUCCACCCAAGCAUUCAGCUUCUCAUUUAGCACUACACGUCCAACACCCUCUUGUUGGGGCACGAUCUAGUUGCCCAGGGGACUACCCAGGGCCUGCAAACGUUCACCAGUCAUCAGCUACAACCCAACCAAGCCGUGCACUAGUUAUGACAAGGAUGGAUAGUGUUUCUGAUUCAAGACUUUAUGAAAGUAACCCUACUCGGCAGAGGAGGCCCCCCCUCUGUCGAGAGCAACAUGCCAGCUGGGAUCCAUUACCAUGUGCAACCGAUGCCUACUCUUUCCAUUCCUAUCCCUUGAGCAACAACCUCAUGCAGCCAUGUUACGAGCCUGUCAUGGUGAGGAGCAUGCCUGAGAAGAUGGAGCAACUCUGGCGUAACCCUUGGAUUGGGGUUUGUGGGGAGCCCCAUGAACCACGUGUUAUCCCAGAGCAUCAGUACCAGACCUAUAAGAACCUCUGUAAUAUUUUUCCUGCUGGCGUCGUCUUGUCUGUGAUGGAAAAGAAUCCACACAUGACUGAUGCGCAACAGUUAGCAGCUAUGAUUGUUGCCAAAUUGAGAACAGGGCGUUAGCAUGGUAUCCUUUUGAAUUCCUGGAGAGAAAUACUGAUUGCACCAAACCAACGUCCUGCAGGAGGUAUCCGUGAUUCUAUAGAGAUAUUCUCUGUUUGGGGAAUAGUUUCCCGCUCUGGUAUACCACUCUGUAGAUUGUUUUGGCAAUUCCAUUGAAUAUGUGGUUGAAGAAUUCUGUAAAAAGAUUGUAUUUUAAGUAAGUAUUAAGUAAUUUUUUUAAAGCUGGGAUUCUUUUUUUUUAAAGAUGUAUUUUACAGGAAGUGCAUACUUUUUGCAUGGAUAUAUACUGUUUCUUGAAUCCAAAAGGUCCUAUGUUUGAAAUAAUUCCCUCAAACCUAUUAGCAAUUAUAUUGCAUGAAUAAAUUUUGUAAUUUGCAGCAUUAAUUGACAAGCUGCUCCAAGAAAAAAUGCGCUGUGUGCAUUUGAACAUCCUCACAUCUCUUUCAAAGAGUGUCUCUGAGGCCCCUCACCUGCUGUGUCUUAGUGGUACAUGGUGAGCAUUUCUGAUCUGAACAACUCGGUUCUCUGGCAAAUUCAGUUUCUGCACACAAUCUUUGCUUGGGGGGAGGGGCUUUAGGUCAUGCCCUUUGGGACGAGGCCAUCUGUGUCAAACAGAUGACAUGAAAGCAAGGACAAUUCUCAGCUAAACUGUAACUCUCUCAUUUCCACAUAAAUCUUGUUAAAAUUGGCAGGUGUGGGUUUUAAAAUACAAUUAAUUGUACAAUUCAAUUCUUUACAAUCCAAAGGUGGUAUAAUUGUAGCAUCCCAAAUCAAUUUUCACAUUUCAGUUUAGCACAAGUACAACUAAGUACAAAAUGAGUAAACACAUUUUUUAAAAGGAUUAAAUGUUCAUGAUAGAAGAUGGAGUUGUUUUCUAAAGGAUGCUACAGAAUUGAUAAACUUGUUUCAAUUUUUCACUGUCAGAUCCAUGCAAAGGUAUGCAUUUGCUUCUUUGGAGCUAUUUGACUGACUCAAAGCAUCUCAGCAAAUGCUUGGGUAUUUUUGCUCAAGAGCGGGCAACUUUUGUAGCUAAACAUCUCCCGUAUGAGACAUAUAUCCAGGUGUAGUAGCUUUUCCAUUUUCUUUUUUUAAAGCUGCACUCAGCGGACACCCUUUUUAAAUCCAAACAUGUCUUUGAACAUUUUGAACCAUUACUAACUCGAUAUGUCUCGAGCUAGGACUUGUUGACUUCUACUGUAGUUUUUUUUCAUGAAAGUCGAGAAGGCCGAGUUACUGGCCUUUGGUUUCUUCAUGAGAAGGUGUGACACUGCCUAAAUGUUUCUGACUAGGAAACACAUGGAACGCGAGGCUGCCGUCAGGGUUGUUUCUGGUGUUUUGAGAAUGGCUUCCAAGCUGCUUUCUGAAUUUUUGUUUUCAGAUCUAGGGGUUGUCCAAAGUGUUGCUGGAAUAAUUACCAGCGAUGGCCAGAAUGGCUGCCUAAUUUAUUUCUGUUUGGCAUCAGGUAGGAUAUUCGAGGUGGAUCUAGACAGGGAUGAUGUCACUAACUGGCAGGGUGGUGAUUCUAUUUUGGUGUCCAUAACAAGCAUAAUCGUACAUUGAUACUAACAAGAAAGAACUUGUUUAGAUUAUUGAGAUUCUGCUGAACAUAUUAAAGAAGGUUAUCUAGAGGUAGCAUCUCUCCAGAAUAGUGUUUUUCAACCUGGGCAACUCUUAAGGAGUAUGGACUUCAACUCCGAGAAUUCUCCAGCUAAUAUGAAUUUUGGGAGUUGGAAUCCACUUAUCUUAAAAUUGCUAAGUCUGAGAAACACUGCUCUAGAGAGAAGGAUGACAGUAAUUCAUCUAACAACUUUCCAACCACAAAAGAUAUGGAUGUCACCUGCCUGUAGCAUAUUUGCUCUUCCACAAAGCUGUCUUCUGAUUUUAAAGACAAGCUUUAUUUCCCUGAAGGAAAAUGGCGGUGGAUCACAUGACAUGACCCCUGCAUUUGUGUACAGCUUUUUUCAAAUUGCUGCUGGCACACUGGUGGCUUUUUUGGGGGUGGUUGCUGAUUGGAUUGAGUUUGGAUAGUGCACCAUGCUGAGCUUACUGCAUUGCAGAACCCAGCAUUCCCAGUUUUAUCCAGUGCUUUAUGAAGUGCUGAAUAAAAAUGCAGAUUUUCCCUUUGGUUUAAGCUGUUCCCUGAAUAUUCUUCGCAAUAUUUGGCCUUUUAGCUGUAAAAACAUAACAAAGAAAACCCUUGAGUUAUCUAGAUCCUUUUAUCAAUGAGGACAAAACCCCACUUUUUUGGAGAUUUCUUCUCUUUUAAAAGUAGCUGAAAGCAACACCUCAAAUAACCAGAAACGACUUUUUGUUUGUUGAUACAAAUUGUAUCUUUCUUGAUUGUAUAAAAAUAUAUAAAAGCCAUCUCUAGAUUAGCUCAAUAUUGUACUUUCAUCACUAUGUUUGUGACACUGUGUGUCAAAGGGGAGUAGCUCAUGGAGGAUUAUAAAUCUUUUUAUUUAAAAUGGGCACUUACAGUUUAUAGGGAAAAAAAUAGGCAAAUUUUGAAUUCCAUUUUAUUUCUAUAAUGUAUACUGCUAGUGUGUGUGCAUUUAAGAGCAUUAUGCUGCAUAAAUUAUAUAUUGUCUAUUUAUUAAUACAUUCCUGCAGAGAAUUUUUUUUGUAAAAUACUCGUGUUAAUAAGGCUUAUGUUCAUAUUUAUACAUGGCUAUUGACAGUAAAAGUGCUAUACAUCCUGCUUUUGUUUUUAAAAGGAUCCUUAUAGAAGUAUGGCUUUUCAGUUCAGCAUUGAAAUUUUGUGUGCUCACAUUUUUUUGCAUGGAAUCCAGUUUCUGUAUGUAUAAAAUACCAGUAGGUGUUUUCCAUUUUAUCCCUAUUGUAAGAAAAUCUUGUAGACAAUUCUAGCAGAAUCUUUCAGCACACUGAAUGCUGAACAAAAGCUACUGCAUGGUGUUUGGUUUUUUUUAAAUGUAAGGAUGAAAAUAUUUUACUGUCAGUAAAAGCUAUAUAUUAUAUACUAUAUAUUGUUAGCAAUAUAUUAAAAAUGUUACAAGUCUCUUGUGUGCUUUUUGGGAAGUAAUGCUAUGGAGAGGAAGUUGUAUACUAUCUGUAGCACCUCUUUUUCUUAAUGAAGGAAUCCCCUUUUUGUAAAAAAAUGAUUUCAAAAUCUAAUCUGUAAAAGCAAGGAGAGAAUGGCAAUUUUAAAAGUGUCUGUGGUUUUUUUGCUAAUUAUUUUUCUCUGAAACUGUUGUAACAUUUGUUAAACCAAUUUACUUCUUUCUGUCUGGAUUUUUUCAAUACCAGUUCCAAACUGACAUGUCACUGCCUUCAUCUCUCAUUGCUGAAUUUCUUCUUAUAUAGAAGGGAUGGUAUAUAUAAAAAUCAUAACUGCCUAUACUGUAAAUAUGUUUUGCUUUUAAAUGCUCUUUUUGAGAGCAGAGUAUUUAUUUAUUUAUUUAUUUAUCUAUCUAUCAGAAAGCUAUAAUAUAACUUGUCUAUCUUGAAAACCCUGAAAACCCCAUCCUAUAAAGUAUUUAUUUGCAUUUGAAUUUUCUGUAAUAUACUGUUAAAUCAAUGCUUAAUACUGUGAUUAUGUAAAUAUUUAGUAACCCUUUUUUGCUUGUAUAGCUGCUAACUACUGUUAGUCCCUUUGUAGUAUUUACAGUUUACUUUUUUCAUUGAUAGAAUUAAACAUUACUCUUUUAAUUGUUCAAAAAAGUGUGUGUGUGUGUGUGUGUGUGUGUGUGUGUGUGUAAAUAAAUUUGGGUUUUUUUCUGUUGACCCAAAUAUAAGGUAAGUCUCAAUGACAAAGAAUAAAGGUAGAUUUUAAUUGCCCUGAUCCAAUAACACAGGGGUGGACAACUAUAGCAACUUUAUGACCUGUGGACUUUAACUCUCAGAAUUCCUAAUCCAGCCUGGAUUAGGAAUUCUGGGAGUUGAAGUCCACAGGUCAUAAAGUUGCCCAUCCCUGCAAUGAGAGGUGUGACAAUGUCUUUUAUAAAUGAAAGGAGCAGAGUGUACAACACAAGUGGUAGCCUCAACCACUUCUUUGAUUAGCAGAAUAAAGAAAAAGGAACAUGGGCACCAAAGAAAGUCACUAGCUCUGGGUCAGGGCUGGCAUGCAUGUUUUGUAAAGACUAUAAACUGUAGUGGCUUUAUCUGUAGCUGCAUGUAAGCAUUAAUGGGCAAGGCCUUUCUUUUUAAGAAAGCAUGCUCUUUAACUGAAAUGGCCAAGCUCCAAAGUGUCAAGUUUCUGGGAGAGACCCCCAUUUUUUUCCCCUUUAUGAGACAAUUCAUGCUUUUGCAUAUUGCAUUGACAUAUAUUUGCAUGUGGUUGGUUGUAAAUAUCGCUUUAUCAAACCAGUGAUGUUCUUAGUUUGGCCUGAAGUUAUCUUGUUUGCUUUCUGAUGGUCACUGGCCACAGAGAAAAUAUACCUGUCAUUGUGUUAAAUGCCUCUCCCCUCUACCAGUAGCAUCCAUCUUUGUACAGGCCUACUUGAAAAAGGAACACUUUUCGUGCCACUGUUGGACACCCAUCUUGACUCAUUGCUGCAGUCUGGGCCGCCAAAUAAGUGCGAGUAUAAAUACUUAUUACUGAAUGCUUAGCACAUUCAACAUUGUUACAAGACUUGCCCAUUGGUGCCCUCCAAUUAGUUAAUAAGUUAAACUACCUUGUGUGGCUUUGCAAGAGCCAUAACCAAUCUUAGACAAACAGCUGUUUGUUGUUGGAUGGCAUCUCUUUUUUUUAUCCUCUUUCAUAGGCUGCCACUUCUCCAUUGAUGCACUUUGUUCUUGCAGAAUCUUCGAGGAUGCUAACAAUCACUUAACACACUUACCAUUCUAGCCUGCUUGAACCUUUGGUUUCUAGGGACCAGUCUGGGUAAGAAUGUUUAUUAUUAUCUUAGGACUUUUCUCUACUGUUGUUGGAAUAGUUCCAAUUUCUAUGUAACACCAUUUGUAGAGAUGCUUUAUAUCCAGUAAUUAAUGUGUAUUCAAUAAAUGAUCCACUGACACAGGCUCUGAAACAGCUUGUUUGUUUCCUCUUUGUAAAAAACAAAACACACUUGUAGUUUCAUAGAUGGCUUCACAAUAAGCUUAUAUAUGUUCUGAAGUCCAGAUCCGGGACAAGUAAACAGCAAGUGUAUAUACUUAAAGUUUUUUUUUUUUUAAUCUUAAAAGAAUCUAACAUAGCCACAAUGAUAUACCAUACAAAUUUAUGACUCACAUGCUUUUUAAAAUAAAAAGCACACAUCUAUUAAACAUAUUAAAAUAUUUAAUUAUUUUUUUAAAAUAAAAAAAUGAAUUUAAGCAAUGGGCAGAUAUGUUGAGUGGAUUAAGUGUGCCUGCUUCUCCACAGUCUUUAAAUGUCCAGGAGGAAUAUCUACGAUGGAGACUUGCACCAAAAAGAAU